CCACAUGGGUUUAGUGAUCAUAGAUGCUUUUGUAUUUUUAAUUGUAUUAACUAUCCAUUAUUUAAUAUUCAUUAAACUAAAGUUUUUGAUAUACAAUAAUAGAGUUAUAUAUAUGUAGAAAAAAUGUUAAAACCUAAGAAGUUGGGAGAUGAUCUCCCUGGGUUUGAAGUACCAUCAGGCGAAGGAGACACGCAGAAUGAACAGUCUAAUAUUAAGAAGAAAAAGAAGAGUUCAGGUGGUUUCCAAUCUAUGGGUCUUAGUUUUCAUGUUAUUAAGGGCAUAACUAAGCGAGGGUAUAAACAACCAACACCUAUUCAACGUAAGACAAUUCCACUGGCAUUAGAAGGCAAAGAUGUGGUUGCCAUGGCACGGACAGGAUCAGGCAAGACAGCAUGCUUUGUGCUACCAAUAUUGGAUAAACUCAUAGCACCAGCUAACAAACCUUUGCCAGGGAAGAAUUUCAGGGCUCUUAUUCUGUCCCCGACUAGAGAAUUGGCAUUACAGACUUUAAGAUUUGUUAGAGAACUAGGCAAAUUUACAGGGCUCACGUCAGCAGCGAUCCUUGGAGGAGAGUCCAUUGAACAACAAUUCAGUGUUAUGUCAGGAAAAUCUCCUGAUAUUGUUGUGGCCACACCGGGGCGAUUCCUUCACAUAUGCAUCGAAAUGAGUCUUAAAUUGGAUAACAUAAAUGUUGUGGUAUUCGACGAGGCUGACCGCCUCUUUGAGCUUGGCUUUGGCGAGCAACUAAGAGAAAUUGUCGCCCGUUUGCCUUCCAACCGUCAAACGCUAUUAUUUUCGGCGACAUUACCAAAAAUGCUUGUGGAAUUUGCUAGAGCAGGUCUAUCGGAUCCGGUGCUAAUCAGAUUAGAUGUAGAUUGGAAGCUGCCGUCAACAUUAUGGCUUGGUUGGUUGUAUGUGAGGGCAGAAUUGAAGACGGCCGCAUUAUUAUUGUUGCUGGAUAGGGUGUUGACACCUCAAACACCUCAAGCUGUUGUAUUUGCUGCUACCAAGCAUCAUGUGGAAUACUUAAAUUUAAUAUUGCAAAGAGCUGGUAUAUCAUCAACAUACGCAUACUCCGGACUUGAUCCCUCGGCCCGUAAGAUUGCACUUGGCCGUUUCACAAACAAGAAAUGCUCCGUUCUUCUAGUUACCGACGUAGCCGCUAGAGGGCUUGAUUUGCCGGCACUUGAUACUGUAAUCAAUUAUAAUUUCCCGGCGACUCCUAAGUUGUUUGUACACAGAGUGGGGCGCAGUGCGCGUGCAGGCCGUGCGGGCCGCGCUUGGUCGCUGCUGGCGGCCGCCGACCUCGCUCACCUGCUCGACCUGCAGCUGUUCCUCGGCGCGGAACUACUCUCGCCAGCACAGGUGACGGAAAAAGGUCUCACCUGUCCUAGUGGCGUAUGGGGUAUCAUGCCGACCAGCCAGUUAGAGCUUCGGCACCAGGAUGUGAUGAGCUGGGAGAGGAAUUACUCAGAAAUUGAAGAGGCAGCUAGAACCUGUUCCCGAGGGUUACAGCAGUACGUGAAGUGGCGGGAAGCGGCCUCGGCCGAAGCCAAUAAGCGCGCCAAAACUAUCACGCCCCCCGCUUUAACGCAUCCGUUUCUGCUUGAGGACAGCGGGGACGAUGCGAACAAACUAGUUGAACAAAUCAAGAAUUAUACUCCUAAAGGGACUAUCUUAGAAUUAGCUGCAAAGAAUGAUUCUCCCAUGUAUUUGGCAAUGAAAGCAAAAAAACAUGCUCAUGGUAAAAUGGUGCAAAAAACUAGAGACAACAAAAAAUUACUGGCUGAAGGAAUACUAGUUGAGAAUAUUGAACCAAAUAGAAAGAAAAAGAAGGAGGUUAUUCGUGAUGAGAAUUACAUUCCUCAUCAAGCAAGUGACCAACAUACUGAAGCGGGUAUGGCAGUAAACUUCAACGUGGGUGCAGCAGCGGCUGAGUUGCAGCUGGGCGCCGACUGCGGGCAGGCGGCCCGGGCCGCGCGCUCGCAGCUGCGGUGGGACCGGAAGCGGAAGAAGAUGGUGCACGUCGACCCUGAUGGUGGUCGAAAGAUGAUCCGCACUGAGAGCGGCGGGCGUGUGCCGGCUAGCUUCCGUAGCGGACGCUAUGACGACUGGCGACGCAGAAAUGCAGCGCCUGACGCUGAUGGCGAUGACGACGAUGCACCGGCACAAGCUAACAGAAAGAAACCAGUCUCAGAGUUUCGACCACAUUGGGUGAAGCACAACGAACGUGUCGCUAAGAAAAAAUCGGAAGCAUCCUCGAAAGAGUUUAGUGAUAAACACAAGAUCGUGAAGGAGCGCCUCCGUAGGGAAAAGAUCAAGCAAAAACUUAAACACAAAAUGAAGGGCAAGAAAAAGAAGAAGAAAUAAUGUGUAUAUUUUUUUUUAUAAAUGUUCGAAUCUUAAAU